AUGGCGUCGCUCCUACGGAGACCUUUCGCCAUCACGGCGACACUGCGACAAGCAUCACCAAAAGCACCGCAAUCCCUCACGAUUCGCGCCUUCCACAACACGCCACUUAAGCAACACCCCCAAUUCUUCCGACCCGCAAAGCCCACGGUAUCGACGUCGCAAAAUGUCUCCAAGUUCCAGCAAGCGUUCCGACGAGGAUAUCAGCAAGCAGUAUACAACCCAAUGGCCCAGGGCGACUUGCGACAGCGCCUGCUCUACGGCGCCGGUAUCUUCGGCGCAACGCUGCUAGGCAUCAACUUCAUCUUCAACCGCGAGACCCGUGAGGAUGGUGGCAUGCCGCCAUUCGAGCGCGAAUACCUCAACGACACUUUUAUGCACACUGGCCUCGGAAUUGGAAUGAUUGGUAUUGCGGCGCGCGCUCUGCACAUGAAUGGUUGGAGUUUCAGGCUUAUGGCUGCAAACCCGUGGCUCGUUCUUGGUGUCGGUCUUGUUGGCAGCAUUGGAACUAUGUACGGCACUAUGGCGACACACCCUAGCAACUAUGUUCAAAAGUACGCCCUCUGGUCUGCCUUCAACGGUACGCAAGCCCUCCUCUUGUCGCCUCUCUUCUUCAUGCACCCCGCUAUCCUCGCACGCGCCGGUCUCUACACUGUCGGCAUGAUGGGCUCCAUUGCCUUCGUUGGUGCCACCGCAAAGACAGACAAGUACCUGUACCUUGGUGGUCCCCUCCUCGCUGGUGUCGCCAUCGUCGCUCUAUCCGGUCUCGCUCCCAUGGUCAUUCCCGCCACCGCUGCCCGCACACUGAUGUUCACCGAGAACAUCUGGCUAUACGGAGGUCUAGCCGUCUUUGGUGGCUUCACCCUGUACGACGUGCAGAAGGUGCUAAACCAUGCGCGCCAGGCUGAGCGUGGUUUGAUCCCCAAGGACCCUGUCAACGAGGCCAUCUCGCUUGAGCUCGACUUUAUCAACAUCUUCAUUCGCAUGGUACAGAUUCUUGGUAUGAACCAGAACAGGAGGAAGUAG